AUGGUUAAGCUGGCAAACAAAUUAAAGGCUUUAAAAGCGGUGCUGAGGAGAUGGAAUAAAGAGGUGUUUGGUUGGACUAGCUCUCAUAUUCAAGGUCUUGAAGAACGGAUAGCUAGCUUGGAAGAACAACUUCAGCUGGGAUUCUUUGAAGAUGUUGAACUUGAUUUAUUAGCAUCAAAGGUUGAGUUGCAUACGUGGAUGAGUAGGGAAGAGACUCGCCUUGCCCAACAAGCUAAGCAAAGAUGGCUUGAGAAGGGGGAAGGCAACUCCCAGUUCUUCCAUGCGCUGUCUUCCAGAUCCCAUAGGGUGGUGAGGGAGAUGGAAAUAGAUAUUAAAGCUGCUGUCUUCUCCAUCCCCAUUGAUAGUAGUCUGGGGUCAGAUGGUUUUGGCUCAGGUUUCUAUAAAUUCUGUUGGGAGAUCCUUGCUAAAGAUGUUGUCACUGCUAUCCACGACUUCUUUAGAGUGGGCUGGUUGGCACCGUUGCUACCUCAGAUUGUCUCCCAAGAACAAGGAGCAUUUACUCCUGGAAGAAGCAUCUUGGAGAAUAUUAGCUUGACGCAAGAGAUGGUUCUGUCCAUUAAUAAAAAAGUAAGAGGUGGAAAUGUAGUUCUAAAAAUCGAUAUGGCUAAGGCGUAUGACUCUGUAGACUGGAAAUUCCUCAUUCAGGUCUUGGCAGCUUUUGGUUUUUCUGAGUUGGCCUGUAGCCUUGUUUGGCGCAGGGCUCUUUUGAAUUGCAUGGGUUUCUCAGAGGAUACUCUGCCUUUCAAAUAUCUGGAGGUACCUAUCAUAGCUGGUAGACUGAAGGCUAUUCAUUUGGAGGAGUUGGUUGGGAAGAUCCGGAAGAAAAUUGGAGGAUAG